AUGGCUAUAAGUUGGAUAUUCUUCUGUCUUUGGUCCAUGACUAUGUUUGUGGGGUACCUAAGAGGGCACAGUUUAUUUUCUUGUGAGCCUAUCACCUUGAGGAUGUGCCAAGACCUGCCUUAUAAUACUACCUUCAUGCCUAAUCUUCUGAAUCAUUAUGAUCAACAGACAGCAGCUUUAGCGAUGGAGCCAUUCCACCCUAUGGUGAAUCUGGAUUGUUCCCGAGAUUUCCGUCCAUUUCUCUGUGCACUGUAUGCUCCCGUAUGUAUGGAAUAUGGACGUGUUACACUACCCUGUCGUAGGCUAUGUCAGCGAGCAUACAGUGAAUGUUCUAAACUCAUGGAAAUGUUUGGUGUUCCUUGGCCAGAAGAUAUGGAAUGUAGUAGGUUUCCAGACUGUGAUGAACCCUACCCUCGCCUGGUAGAUCUGAAUUUAGCUGGAGAGCCAACUGAAGGAGCCCCAGUAGCAGUUCAAAGAGACUAUGGUUUCUGGUGUCCUCGAGAGUUAAAAAUUGAUCCUGAUCUGGGCUAUUCUUUUCUUCAUGUGCGUGAUUGUUCACCUCCUUGUCCAAAUAUGUACUUUAGACGAGAAGAACUUUCAUUUGCUCGAUAUUUUAUAGGAUUGAUUUCCAUCAUUUGCCUCUCUGCCACAUUGUUUACUUUUUUAACUUUUUUAAUUGAUGUUACAAGAUUCCGCUAUCCUGAAAGGCCUAUUAUUUUUUAUGCUGUCUGCUACAUGAUGGUGUCAUUAAUCUUCUUCAUUGGGUUUUUGCUUGAGGACCGAGUAGCCUGCAAUGCAUCUAGUCCUGCCCAGUACAAGGCUUCCACAGUGACACAAGGGUCUCACAAUAAAGCCUGCACUAUGCUCUUCAUGGUGCUCUACUUCUUUACCAUGGCUGGCAGUGUCUGGUGGGUCAUACUCACCAUCACAUGGUUUUUGGCAGCUGUGCCAAAGUGGGGAAGUGAAGCUAUUGAGAAGAAAGCAUUACUUUUUCACGCCAGUGCAUGGGGCAUUCCUGGAACUCUCACUAUCAUUCUUUUAGCUAUGAAUAAAAUUGAAGGUGACAAUAUCAGUGGCGUAUGUUUUGUUGGCCUCUACGAUGUUGAUGCAUUGAGAUAUUUUGUUCUGGCUCCCCUCUGCCUCUAUGUGGUAGUUGGGGUUUCUCUUCUAUUAGCUGGUAUUAUAUCCUUAAACAGGGUUCGCAUUGAGAUUCCAUUAGAAAAGGAAAAUCAAGACAAGUUGGUGAAGUUCAUGAUCCGGAUUGGUGUGUUCAGUAUUCUGUAUCUUGUACCACUCUUGGUUGUAAUUGGAUGCUAUUUUUAUGAGCAAGCCUACCGUGGCAUAUGGGAAACAACAUGGAUACAAGAACGCUGCAGAGAAUAUCACAUUCCGUGUCCCUAUCAGUACACAGAGAUCCUCAUGAUUUAUAUCACUUUAUUUUCCAUUGUGCACCUUUAG